AUGGCUCUCGAGACUCUCAAUUCUCCUACUUCAGCCACCGCCACCGCUCGGCCUUUUCUCCGGUAUCGUGAAGAAAUGGAGCCAGAGAAUCUCGAGCAGUGGGCUAAAAGAAAACGUACCAAACGUCAACGUUUUGAUCAGAACCAUCACAAUCAAGAAACCACUCCUUCAGAAGAAGAGUAUCUAGCUCUUUGUCUACUCAUGCUCGCUCGUGGCUCCGCCGUCCAGUCUCCUCCUCCGCCGUCUCUGCCGUCAUCUAGUCACCGUGGUUACAAGUGUACGGUCUGUGGAAAGUCGUUUUCCUCUUACCAAGCCUUAGGUGGACACAAGACCAGUCACCGGAAACCAGUGAAUAACAUCGACGUUCCAAGUCACCAAGAGCCGUCUAAUAUCAUCCAUAUUAACAGCAACGUCAGUUCCGUUGUUAUUAACGGUAACGGUGUUAGUCAGAGUGGAAAGAUUCAUACAUGUUCUAUUUGUUUCAAGUCAUUUUCCUCUGGUCAAGCCUUAGGUGGACACAAACGGUGUCACUAUGACGGUGGUAAUAACGUGAACGGUAAAGCUAGUAGCAGCAACAGCGUUGAAGUCAUCGGUGGUAGUGACGUCAGCGACGUGGAUGAUGAAAGAUCAUCGGAACAAAGCGCUAUAGGCGGCCACCGUGGAUUUGACUUAAACUUACCGGCUGAUCAAGUCACGGUGGUGAUUUCUUAACGUUGACUCGGUUAGAUAAAAAGUCAACUUUCAAGGGAGGAAUGGGGUUAGUGGACGCAAGACUAGUAAGGGCCGUUUCUUACCAGUUGCUUCAGCUUGACUGAGUCUGUUAUGAAAAUGAUUG